AUGGCGCCAGCAGCUUUCCAGACACCGGUUGAGCCCUGCGGCGCUCUCGAUGCUAUCACGUUUGACGAUGUUACGCCUGCAAUCGGACGAGAAUACGUUAAUGUCAAUAUCGUAGAGGACAUCUUGAACGCACAAGAUGCUAACAAAAGACUCCGUGACCUGGCAUAUGCGAUUUCCGCCAGAGGAGUCGUGUUCUUUCGCAAACAAGACAAUCUCACAAAUAAGCUUCAGAAAGACUUUAUCCAGCGCUUAGGAGAAGCAGUCGGGAAGCCAAAAGACUCCAGCCUCCACAUCCAUCCGGUGCUUAACGACACCUCCGAUCUAGGCCAAGGCGAUCCGCAAAUCUCUCAUAUCAGCUCGGUGCAGAGGGACGAGUUCCUGAAACACUUAGACAGGAAGGACAAGUGGCAGUAUCGUGCCGCUGAGUGGCACUCGGACGUUCAAUUCGAGCGUGUUCCUCCAGAUUACACCUCUUUGCGAGUAACUCAGCUUCCUUCGAAUGGCGGAGACACGCUCUGGGCUUCCGGUUAUGAGAUUUACGAUCGGUUCUCACCAGCAUAUCAGAAGUUCUUUGAGACCUUGACUACAACUUUCAGUGGAGAAGGAUACAACAAGAUGGCGGCCGCAGAUCCAGAGAACGUCAAGAUUCACCGCGAUGCACGAGGCCACCCACUGAACACCGCGAUGAGCUCUGUCCACCCAGUCGUUCGUACGAAUCCGGUGACAGGAUGGAAGAGCAUCUUCUCAAUAGGUCCAUUCCCCACGAGAGUCAACGAACUCACGUCGCUAGAAUCUCAGGAAUUGCUGGCGAAAUUUAUGCGGAUGAUUACCGAGAAUCAUGACCUGACCGUGCGUUUCAAAUGGAAGAAUCCAAACGAUAUUGCUAUCUGGGAUAACAGAUCAACGUUCCACACUCCAACAUUUGAUUACGAGGGGUUGGGUGAGCGCUAUGGGAAUCGUGCGGUCGGUAUCGGUGAAGAACCGUACUUUGAUCCUAAUAGCAAGUCGAGAGCUGAAGACCUCGCUGCGCAGGUGUAAGUAGAAAGAGCUUACAGCUGCGGUUGAAUGAAGGUACCGAGAC